AUGGCUAAAGCUGACAAGAAGAAGUACGCUGGAGCUGCAAGCUCCAGCAAACAAGUUGCUGCUGAAAAGCAUUUAAGUUCAGUGUUUAAAUUCAACACAGAUUUAGGCCAACAUAUUUUAAAGAACCCAUUGGUUGCACAAGGUAUUGUUGACAAGGCUGGUAUCCAACCUUCCGAUAUUGUUCUGGAAGUCGGUCCAGGUACCGGUAAUUUGACGGUGCGUAUUUUAGAACAAGCUAGAAAGGUUGUUGCGGUGGAAAUGGAUCCAAGAAUGGCUGCAGAAUUAACUAAAAGAGUCCAUGGUACUCCAGGUGAAAAGAAAUUGGACAUUCUUCUAGGUGAUUUCAUGAAAACUGAUUUACCAUACUUUGAUAUAUGCAUAAGUAACACACCAUAUCAAAUUUCAUCACCACUGGUGUUCAAAUUGAUUAAUCAACCAAAACCACCAAGGGUCUCUAUACUGAUGUUUCAAAGAGAAUUCGCAUUGAGACUUCUGGCUAGACCUGGUGAUUCUUUGUAUUGUAGGUUAUCAGCCAAUGUGCAAAUGUGGGCAAAUGUGACCCACAUCAUGAAAGUUGGUAGAAAUAAUUUUAGACCUCCACCACAAGUUGAAUCUAGUGUUGUUAGAAUAGAAAUUAAAAAUCCAAGACCACAAGUCGAUUUCAAUGAAUGGGAUGGUCUGUUAAGAAUAUUGUUUGUCAGAAAAAAUAGAACUAUCGCAGCAGGUUUCAAAUCUUCGACUGUUUUAGAAAUUUUAGAGAAGAAUUACAAAACAUAUUUGGCAAUGAACAAUGAAAUUGUUGAUGAUACUAAAUCCUCGAUGCUGGAAAUUGUCAAGGAAAAGAUUACAACUGUCUUGAGAGAAACUGAAAUGAGUGAGAGGAGAUCAGGUAAGUGUGACCAAACUGAUUUCUUAAGACUUCUAUAUGCAUUCCACCAAGUAGGUAUUCACUUCUCAUAA